AUGGGCCACCCGAAGGGCGUGCUAUGCCUGCAUGGAGCUUUGGCUGUUCUGGCAUCCUGCUCCGCCCGGCUCUCGCUGCGCCAUCGCCCACGGCUGAGCCAUCGUUUGGCCUCGCCAAGCCUUCGAAAGUCGUUGGUACGGCCACGUCUUAUGCACCUGGCCUCACCAGUGAUUCUACGUGCAGCCCCGGGAAGUGGGAAAGAGGCUUCGGCUCGGGUUGCCCAGCACCUUCGCGAUGCCGAGUGGUGGGACCUGCAGGUUGUGUCCAUGUUAAGCGAUGAGCCUGGCAUCACGCGCACCUAUCGCGUGCGAGGCAGUGCUUCCGACUCAAACUUCGCGCCGUUUCCCUUCGGAAGCCAGGACUUGCUCUGGUGGCGAUCGGAACCCUCGAAGGAUGAGCUGCGCCUGCUGCUGCUGGAGGUGGCCCUGGGUCUGAGCAUGGCCGGUAUCCGCGAUUUUGUGGCUUUUGUCGGCACCGUGUGUCUCAUGGCAGAUGACUCGCAGCACGGGGACGGAUUUAAAGGCACCUGCAACGCUGCCACAGUGCCAGAUAUGGCGGUGCCCUGGGAGCACCGCGAGGCGACUGCUGCCUACGCGCGGAACUGGCGCUCAGCAGAGCCAGGAAGGCGACACCUGGUUGUGCUGCCGGGCCGGUUAGAGUUGGGUCUGCUUCCUGACCCAGGACUCCUGGCCGCCUGGCCUGACGGCUUCAGCUUUGAGAUCGCAUGUCCAAAUUGCCCCUUCCUCCAGCUCAAGUUUUUCAGGGAGGCACCAGGUCAUGUCUCUCAGCUUGUUAUCUCCGAUGAAGCUUUCGUCUGCUUGUGGCCGAAGUCACUCUUGAUGCCGCUUCGAUGGAUUCGUGAAGAGGAGUUGCGGUUCGGCCACCGGCCUCAUGCCGAAAGUCGGACCGGGCGCGUGCUUCUCGAGGAUCCGGCCGCAGUCUGGGUGGAGCUGCCAUGGCCUGCCGAACCACGCAGUCUCGUCGAGUAUCGAUCUCCUCGGGAUGCGGAAGUGUGGUGCGACGAAGCGAGACAGGUCUUCAAUGGCGGCCGACAGAGCAUCAGCUUGGCCCCGGAGUUCGACUUGAGCGCGGAUGUGUCUUCCAGCUCUGGGUUUUAUGAUCUUUUCGACCUGCGGAAGUUCUCUACGAAAGAGGGCCUUGCAUUGCUUCUGGACAAGACCGCUUUGAAGAAACGCCUGGUCGAGCUGCAGCUGCCAGCCCUGGUGCCAGUGUUUUCCACAACGACGCCAGAUCUUCCUUGGGAGAAGCUCCGAGAACUCUCGCAGUAUGCCAUCAAGGCCGCACAUAAACAUCACGGAGGACUCGGAGUUCUUCUAAUGUCGCACGGAAGGGACCUUCUCACGGGUCGACACAUGGACGAGGCCGAGGUGGUGCGCUGGGCAGCGAAAGCUUUUGAAAAGGAGGAGCAGCCCUCAGCACCUCGCUGCUGGGAUGAGUGCACCAGCACUUCUGCGGAGUGCGAGACUCGCUGCGUCACCAAUGCGCCCGUCGCAGACGACAGCGUGAAGCAAGGCCUUCUCGUGGAAGAGCUUGCCGUGACAUGGGAUGGGCGCAGUGGGCUUCUCCCCGACGAGGCUUUCUGUUUCGUUGCUUGGGGCCGCCUCUCGUUCUUUGGUGUCAUGGCAGCGGGUGGCACCUGGCUGAACUAUUUCGCUGGUGAUGGUACACCCAUUUUCGCGCGGCCAAUGAAAGCCCAGAAGCAGAUCGAGGCAGGGGGUGCAUUCCGCACGGGCUUGCCCUGGGGACACGAGCUACGCUCAGCUGUGGUCAGCCUGGCAGAAAGAGCUGCGCAGGCUCUGGGGGCUGACUUCCUGCGCAUCGACAUAUUUCCCAAUGGUGGGGCUCCCCUCAUCUCCGAGGUUUCGAUCGUGACGGGAUGGUUUGGCCGAGAAAAUCUGAGGUGGGGGGAAGUGGAUGCUUGGUUGCUGGAGACGCUCCGCGAUCAGUGGAUCAGCGGUGACAAGUGCGGCCGACUGUCCGAGCCUCAGCUCGAGAGACAGACGACUUGUUUGGAGAAAGCGGCAACGAUCUUGGAAUUCCUUCAGCCACCUAGGCAUGCCAUGGGCUAUCAGUAUUUCACAGCGCGUAAGCUUCAAAAUCGCAGCAGCUGUCCAUCGCCGCAGGAAAUGUACAGCCUGUCCAUGGAGGAGCGCCAAGAAGCGGUGAAGAAGCUCGUAAAGAGCACGGGGCCAGAAGGUUUCCCGCCGAAGUGUUUGACAACGCCUUCCGCCAUCUCGUGGACGGAGGAGCUUUCCGUGAUGGCUGCAAUGCUGGUGUGCAUGGGUGGCCCGCUUUUCCUGGUCACUACGGGAUUGGCGGCAGUCUUCGUCGGAACUUGGAGAGAGAAGGCCGCUUUCUUGCUCCUGGCUACGACCCUUGCAGUCCAUCCUCUUCCGGCACCCGGUUCGAAGCUAUCGCGGGAGCUGAUGAAAUCAAAGCUUACGCAGUGGAUGAACAAGUACUUCUCUUACCGCCUCCUGUGGUGUGAUGAUGACGUUCAGACCGCGCGCAAGAGCAUGCCAUGGAUCGGUGUCGGGCCACCUCAUGGUGUGCUACCAUUCGCCAACAUGCUCGGCAUUCCCGCGAUCAACGAGACUCUCGGCUGUCCCUUUGUCGGUGCGGCUGCCAACGUUGUGUUUAAAACACCUGGGCUCCGCUACCUGAUGGCCUAUGGCUGUGUGACGGCUGAUCGGAAGGAUAUGGUGAAAGCACUUGGCCGCGGCCAGUGUGUUGGCAUCCUGCCGGACGGCGUCGCGGGCAUCUUCCGGACCAACAAACACCGAGAGCUGGUGGCUAUGAAGGAUCGAAAGGGCCUGGCAAGGCUGGCCUUGAGGACAGGAACGCCCCUGAUCCCAGUCUACUCCUUCGGCAACACUGCUGCGUUCUCGUGUUGGUAUGACCGCUGGGGAAUUCUGGAAUCCAUCUCGCGGAAAGUGCAAGCAUCCUUCUUCCUCUAUUGGGGCCGCUGUUUCCUGCCUAUUCCAUACCGGGUCCAAAUCACCAUGGCCAUAGGCAAAUUAAUUGAGGUCCCCCAGGUGGAGAAUCCCACCACUGAGCAGAUUGAUGAACUCCAUCAGCGCAUCAUGGAGGGAAUCCAGACGACCUUUGAUCGGCACAAGCACUGCAUAGGCUUGUGGCAGCGCCACCACGGGGAUGCAAAAUACUGGGUCCAGAUUCGGAGCGCGCAGCGACUACUGAUGCGGAGCAUUGGGACGGAACUUGUCUUGAAUGAAGCGUCGCUACGAGGACCAGAAGUGGUGCUGGAGCCUUUGCUGCGCGAGGCCAUUGACGCACAGGAGGCUGACCGAAUGAGUGCCAUCACCAUGCUUGGCAUUCUGAACGAACUGGUGACCAGACUCGAUGGAGAAGCACUGGACCAGCACCACUUUCGAGGCCAGCCCAUGGCCGAGUGUGAGGCCACGCCACCGCAUGUUAGCAAGCGGGCCCGAGAUGACCUUUGGACCGAGGAGUCGACUGCGUCGUCCACGCCAGCGGAGCCCCAGCCGAUCUUACUUUCCAGAUCUGUGGGCGAUGGGACAGGAGCAACUCCAACAUCGGCGGACUCAGAAGGCCUCCCAGAGACCCCCGCGCCGCAGACUCCGCCACGUCGAUCAGGCGAUUCGAGAGGUAAAACCCUCCUUGCUCCGAUUCCAUUGGAGACGCCACCCAAGCCUGAGCGACGGUCCCGACCCAGAUUGUUAACGCCUGAAGAUGACAAAGACGGCAUGCAUUCUCAGUCUUAUAUCGUGCGAUGGCUCGUCGCAGCCAUAGAACUGCCUUGGGAAGGGUUUCGUGCAGCUCCCGUUCAGCAUGCUCGGGCGCUUGGUAUGGCUGCUUUUGCUGAGGCCAGCCGGGCGUGUGCUCGUCUUGUAGCGUUGCUUUGGUUCCGACGUUUGCGCGGCACGGAGCGCCAGGUAAUACAUGUCGUCGUUCCCGUCGACCGCUCUCCGGCAGAUGUAAAGUGGCGCACUUCGACCAUGCCCUCACUCCUUAGGCACAACUCUGCCAGGCUUUGUUUGCGGGCCAGCCCGCGCGUGCCGCUUGGGAUCUCGCGGGUGCGCGAUGGGCGAAAUGUGCGGUUCAUAUCAGCCGGCCCUGUUCGGGCACAACUGGCAAUGUCGGGGUAUCCAGAAGAUUCCAUGUCCCGAAACCUGCUGGACAAAUGCCUAGAGGCAUCUGUGGCAAGGGGCACAGAUGUGUCCAGCGAAUACCACCCGUGGCUCCCUGUAGAUCUGCUCCAGACCCUUAUGAUUGACAUUCACGAUUAUGCCGGCUGCUCGUGGUUCGCAGCAAUCAUAGCUACGUGUUUCGGCAUUCGUCUCAUAGCUCUGCCAGUCAGUAUAUCUGCCAUUCGUGGCACGCGAGAGAAGGCGCUCCUGCAGCCCAAAUACGAGGAGCUGAUGGCAAAGCAGAAAGAGACGGAAGGAGAUCCGGUCAAGGCCCAAGAAGCACAAAAGAAGGUUCAAGCCUUCACCCAGAAGCACGGCAAGCUCUUCAUGAUGAAGGGCACUUGGAAUCUCUUUCUUUUCCAGAUGCCUUUGUACAUUACGGCUUUUGCGGCCAUGCGUGGCAUGGCCAACCACCCGGAUGUCUUCCGGGGCUUUGCCAUGGAGGCCCCGCUCUGGCUGGACAGCCUCGCUUUGUCUGAUCCGUACUACCUGAUGCCCAUCCUCACCAGUGCUAUCAUGAUGACAAACACCGAGCUUUAUGGUUCUGUGGAUACUGAAGCGGUGCCCACCGCAACGGGUCCAGGUCAAGACAGCGGAUCAGCGCUGGGCCAAAACACAAUGCAGAAGUAUCAGAAGUACGUGAUGCGUGGAUCUGCUCUCAUGUUCAUCCCCUUUACUUCAGGAUUCCCUUCAGGUGUGUUCGUCUUCAUGUGUACCAACAUGGUCUUGGCUGCUGUGCAGAACCGUGUGCUGCGAAACCCUGCUUUGGAACGCUGGCUAGAGCUGCCGCCGAAAAAGAGCAAAGACUCAAAGGAAUCUCAGUUGGUCGGCCCCUCGCCCUGGCCUCCAGCAUUGGUUCCAUUGGGAUUGUCACUCGAGCGGCCGCGUAAUGCCCUGCUGGGAACGCCACAGAUCAUCAAGCCGAAGCCAUGGGUAGAACCGCCUCCGCAUGCACGGCUCGAGAAUAUUCCUUCCCUGUCCCCAGCGCGGGUGGAAGCUCGUGAAAUCGACAAGCUGCUACCCUGUGCGAAAGCCCAGUUUGCCGUGCGGCGAGCACGGCGCUCAGAUUCCUUGCCAAGUGAUGCAUAA